UGGCACAUUUGUGACGUAUGCGGAAGUAAACAAUAACAUUAAAAAUGGAAACUUGACAAUCGCAGAGGCCGGUGUUUGUUCGCUUUUCGGAUGUCUAACCUCGGAUGGUUGACGAGUGCACUAACUAAAAUAGACACAAGUAGGGCUGUUUCACAACAGUGGGACAAAACCAUGUUUACAAGGACAGCAGAAGACGAGUCCUCUGAUGUGGAGGAGAUGGAUACCUCGGAGAGCCGCUGGUGUUGGUUCUACCUGGCCGAGUGUGGCGUGUGGCAUAUUUUUGAGGUGGACCCCAGUGCUGCCUGCUCUGUGACCAGCGACCAAAUCGAACAGAAUUACGCGAGGAAUCAUCAGGGCAUCCUGGAAUUCCACACAGCCAAGUAUACCUACAGAUUAGAUUUCUCAGUAAUGAAACAAACUAAUCUAACUACUGGAAAGCAACGGCCAAUCAAACGAGCCCUCCAUUCAGCGACAAGUUUCAGAUUUAUCUGUGAUAACCUUGCUCUGCCCGUUCCCUCACACUGGGAAAGGAUCAAUACUGAGGAGCCUUUCCAGCUCAUCUCUCUGGGCAGAGACACUUAUGAGUACAAAGAGGUAGCAAGGUUGUUUGAGAGGACAAUGGGAGGAGCCCUCAUCAAGUUAAUUCACAGAAUACAGAACUUAGACCUGUGGGAGUUUUUUUGCCGGAAGAAGGCCCAGCUGAGGAAGAUCAAACGGACGGACGUGGAAGAGAAGAUGCUGUUCCACGGCACGGGCCACAGCAACGUCCCGGCCAUCUGCACCUACAACUUUGACUGGCGGUUGACCGGGAGCCAUGGCGACGUCUACGGCAAAGGAAGUUAUUUUGCGAGAGAUGCCAAGUACUCGAGUAAGUUCUGCCACUCCACCGGGAAACACAACUUCACUUUGCAGAAGCACGGCCUGGCCCCGCCCACGUUCCAGAGUGAGCCGUCCUUCAAGUCCAUGUUCCUGGCCCGGGUCCUGGUGGGGGAGUACACCCUGGGACACCCCCUGUUCAGCCGGCCCCCCUCCAAAGACACCACCAUCACAAACUUUUACGACAGCUGCGUGGAUGACAUUGUGAACCCCAAGAUCUUUGUGAUCUUUGACAGCAACCAGGUGUACCCAGAAUAUUUAAUCGAGUUCUUUUAACGGCGUCGAGACGGGCUUUGAGCGUACAGUUGUGCUUGCCCCCCCCUCCAUACAGUAUUAUUUUCAUAUAAUAAUAAUAAGGACUCAAUGCACUCUUCUUAAAAACAGGGGUUUAGAGUACUGGAGGGUGUCGUGGAAAAUGUAAUUUCUCAAAACGCUCAAAAUGGACGUCGUCUAUUUACGUUGAUUUUUAUGAGAGAGGCGACAUGAAGGCGACCGUUGAAGAGAAACGCACAAACGGGCAUUGCUCUUCUUUCUUUUCUGUCGUCACCUUACGGACGUCCCACAGUGCCUUUGGAAAGGGGGGGGGGGGAACAGAGUGGCUGGAGAUUCUUUGGAUUUCAGCUCUGAAAGUGUGUGUUCUCACAAUGCGGUCAGUGGACACACACACACAAUGAGGACCAGAUUUGUGCCAUAACAGGUUGCACUUUACACUGUAUAGCUACUUUUUAAAUUCUUGUUUGUUGUUUUUCUUCUUCUUGUGUGCUUAGAUCUUUCUGUGAUUUCAUUUGCUCCUCUGUCUGUACAUAGUAUCUCUUGUUUGUCGUCUGUGCUCUCACAGGAAUGAAAUCAGUGUUAUUCUCU